AUGUCUGAUCUCACACGGAAGGUGCCGCUGGCGUCUCGAAUAGCGACGCUGGUUCACACGCAUUUUGACGGCUUGCCGGCGCGAAGCAAACCAAGGAUAUUCCCCGAUGGAUCUAGAGAAUGGAUUCCAAUGACUGGUAUUGUGGCUGUCAAGGCUUCCCAUAUCCCGUGCUGUCAAGGCCUCGUCCUCCAUGAUUGUCAUGCUGAGAUCUUAGCCAUUCGCGCUUUUAAUUACUGGCUUUUAAACGAAUGCCAUGCUUUGUCGAUAGAGGAGAGCAAUCAAGUUAUCAAUUUAGAUGAUAUCAUUGAUGCUGAGCACAGUCAUGCCUCAAGGUCUCCGUUUAUUCGCAGAAGAAAACCAACACAGCCCGGGGCCGGUACAUCAGUCAACUGGCCUCCCUUCGAGAUUCAACCCGAUAUCAAGUUCUAUAUGUACUGUACAUGCGCCCCAUGCGGAGAUGCGAGCAUGGAGUUAUGUAUGGCAGCACAAGAGGACGCAACACCAUGGCAAGUGACCCGCCAUACCGAUCCAAGCCCAGCGCUUCCGGGCGACCUUCAAGAGGAGAAUCUCCUUGAUGGCCGAGCUCAUUUUUCUCUUCUCGGUGUCGUUCGUCGAAAGCCAGCACGCAUGGAUGCAGAAUCAACCCGAAGCAAAUCAUGUUCUGAUAAACUCGCCUUACGUCAAGUAUCUUCCUUACUGUCCUGCGAAACAAGCCAUCUAGUUGCCCCGACGGAGAACGCAUACUUGGCCGGCCUCGUUCUCCCAGAAGAUGAGAUUUCGCGAGUUGGGUGCGAAAGAUCUUUCGGGGAGAACGGCCGCAUGAAGGCUUUAGCGGGUCGAUCGUGGCCGAUGAACACAGACCGCGAUGAAGGUGAAACUGGAUAUCGAUUUCGACCAUUCGAGAUACUCUCGGUUCCUGUCGAGGAAGUUGAAGCACUCUGGCCAUUUGCGAAACCCAAGGCCGUCCAAUCCCGUUCUGUGCUACCAUCAGAGCAGCAGAGUGAUAGCACAAAUCCGACGGUCGUCCUCAAGAAGAGCAAACCGGGUAACGUCAGCUCUAUAUGGACGGCCGCGUCCUCACUGCCACAUCCUUGUGUGAUGACAUUGGACACUGGUAGUAAGACGCUACCGACCUUGGCACGUUCAAAAACUGGUCUAUAUGAAACCGUUAUCAAUGGGGUUAAGCAGGGCAACCGACUAGCUACUCCUACGGCACGAGGGGCUUCAUCGCUAUCUCGCGCUAAGCUAUGGGGUCUUCUUCGGAAUAUUCUUCGAUCAAAAGAAUGCCUCCAUGAACAUGAAAAGGGCCAAACCCGUGCCGAUGACAAUGAUACAUCCCACUCCAUCAAGGAUGCGAGCUCGUACGAAGAGUUCAAGCGGACAGGAGGCGAUUUCACAGAUCCCCUUCAUAUUCGUCUCGAAGCGAUUCACGAUGCUAAAAGGAUCCUCAAGGGGUGGGUUCCGAAUACAGGAGAUGAAAGCUGGAGCCUAGAUGUUCUAGUUGAUCCAAAAAAGCGCAAGGGUUGA